GAUUUCAAGUGCAGUACAACGUAUACAAGAUCGUUCACACACACACACACGCCAUCCCGCUCGCACUCAAGGCGUCGCCGGCCUUAUGUCAAAGUCUGUUUAGUAGCAAAACAGAAGCAGCGCUAAAAGGCAAAAUAAAUUCGACAAAAUUAGCCCUAAGUCGCGACAAUACAUAUAGAUAUAAGACGAAUAUAGAAACAACAGACGCGCGAGACUCUGUGGAAGACAUUACCUUACCUUGCUGACGUAUUCGGCGCCAAGUUACUUAAUAGAGGAGAGUACGGCCACAGAAAUGGAAUCCAAUAAGGCGUAUUUGCGGGAGAAAUACCAAGGCUUAUGUAAUUACCUGGAGCGCGACACAGUGGGCAGCGAACUGCUCAUCUACGGCACCUCGGCCCUGAUGCUGGCCGUGGCUUAUGCCAAGCGCAAGCCCGCGUAUCUGGUGCGCCAGUUCAAGCAGCCGUCGCACAUCCCGGAGCGCAUCAUCAACGAACGCAUCAUGCACACGGGCAAGAUCAGCGGCGUACAGCAGCGGGAUCAGGACACACUGCUGAUGAUCAAGCAUCGUCCACUCAUACCGAUCUUCACCAGCAACAAGCGUCUGCUGCCCGUGAAGCUGCCCGGCGUCAGCGUCAACUCGAAUGGCUUUGCCUGGCUGCAGCAGUGCCUCGUUGGACGCGAGGCCACCUUCAUACCACUCAACAAAGGCGGCAAGCAGGAUUAUGUUGUGUGCCAGCUGUGUCUGGUGCAUCCGCCCAAGGGCAAUCGCCUGCUGGACGUCUCCGAGACGCUGCUCAAGCUGCGCUUUGCCAAGUUCGCACAGGAUGUGGCCUCCAGCGUGAAGCGCAAUGGCAAAUACUACAAACAUCUGAAGCGCGUUGAGCAAACCACCGCCGAAAAGGAAGCCUGGCUGGCCUGGGCUGCACGCCAUCCCUACAUCUGGCGGCGCUACAACGAGCUGAAGGCCUCGCUCCUACCCAAGGAGAAGCUGUUGCCCGAGCUGGUGCGCUAGUACCAACACUGCUCCAGCGUAUUGUUAAAAUAAUUCUAAGUUCUAAGGCCUUUCGACGAAACUAAAAACUGAAAACUGAGACGGAAACCGCACUCUGGAGUCCGCGCACCGCGUACGUGAUUGUGUGCUAAUUUUCCCGACACUCAAAUCGAAUCGAAAUGCUGGGCAUUUUUUAUAUAAACAAAAUGUUGAAUUUGUUUUUCGAUGACAUCAGUGCGUUGCUGCAUUUGUGUGUG